CGGGGUCAGGAGCGCGGCGGCUCCGCGGCCCGCACGGGCGCGAGGGCAGGAUGUAUACGCUGUUGUCGGGCCUCUACAAGUACAUGUUCCAGAAGGACGAGUACUGCAUCCUGAUCCUGGGUCUGGACAAUGCCGGCAAGACGACGUUCCUGGAACAGUCAAAAACUCGGUUUAACAAGAACUACAAGGGGAUGAGUCUGUCCAAGAUCACUACCACCGUGGGUCUGAACAUCGGCACUGUGGACGUGGGGAAGGCUCGCCUCAUGUUCUGGGACUUAGGGGGCCAAGAAGAGCUGCAGUCUCUGUGGGACAAGUACUACGCAGAGUGCCAUGGCGUCAUCUACGUCAUCGAUUCCACGGAUGAGGAGAGGCUGUCAGAGUCCAAGCGGGCGUUUGAGAAGAUGGUGACGAGUGAGGCGCUGGACGGUGCCCCCAUCCUGGUGCUGGCCAACAAGCAGGACGUUGAGACUUGUCUCUCGAUCCCUGACAUCAAGACUGCAUUCAGCGACUGCACCUCCAAGAUCGGCAGGCGCGACUGCCUGACCCAGGCCUGCUCGGCCCUCACGGGCAAAGGGGUACGCGAGGGCAUCGAGUGGAUGGUGAAGUGCGUCGUGAGGAACGUGCACCGGCCGCCGCGGCAGAGGGACAUCACGUAGGCAUGGCUGGUGCCCGCUGGUGCCCACGACAUCCCUGAGUGCCAGAGGAGUGCUCCUGCUGGCUCCCUGCUGCCAGUCCUGGGGGUUGGGUUUGCUUGGCUCUCGGUUCUUCAUUUGCUUUGUUUUUUCUUUAAGACAAACUUUUCCUUGUGUCCGUACAAGUGUAGGUAUCGGGAGGCUUCUGCUGCGGGGAGUUGGGGCAGCAGGGCCCCCACAUGACCCCUGC